CUUUUCCCCAUAUGCGAAAAGGCUUGGCAAUGGCUAUUUCUCUUUCCUCCUAGUUUACGAUUCCGCCACCGUCGAGCACCGCAGACGUUUGAUUCAACCGCCGACUGAUUGUACCGUGGAUUUUCCUUCAAACCCUAAUCCCGAUUUGGUUUCUUGUCUCGAGAAGACGCCGUGAUCGAUUCAGUUUUCUUCUCAAGACGCAAGCUUUCUUUUUGUCGCGAUUUCGUCUCGUUCAGCUCCAAUUCGAUUCGGCUCGGUAGAUGGCUCGCGGCGACUCGACAACUUUUCUCGGUCCUGGAUUCCGGUUCCACCCCACUGAUGAGGAGCUGCUCCGGUACUACCUGAAGAGAAAGGUCACUAACAAGCCCGUCCGCUUUGACCCGAUUUCCGUCGUUGACGUCUACAGAACGGAGCCUUGGGAUCUGCCUGAUCGAUCGAAGUUGAAGAGCAGGGAUUUGGAGUGGUACUUCUUUAGUUUAUUGGAUAGGAAGUAUGGUAAUGGGUCAAAGACGAAUCGGGCUACCGAGAAAGGCUACUGGAAAACAACUGGGAAGGAUAGGCCUAUCCGCUCCAAUUCUGCAAUCGUGGGGAUGAAGAAAACUCUUGUCUACCACCUUGGGCGUGCCCCGCACGGUGAGCGUUCCAAUUGGGUGAUGCAUGAGUACCGCCUUUCUGAUGAGGAGUUGGGGAAAUUCGGAAUUGGGCCGGAUACUUAUGUCCUUUGUAGGAUUUUCAGAAAGAGUGGAACUGGACCAAAAAAUGGCGAACAGUAUGGAGCGCCUUUUGUCGAGGAGGAAUGGGAAGAUGAUGAAGUCCCUGUUGUGACUGGUCAAGAGAUCGUUUCCCCUGAUGGCGUGGCUGAGAUUGACAGUGAAUAUGUGGAUGCAGAAGAAUUUGAACAGAAACUUUUUGCUGGAACUGAUUGCGAGAAUGUUGAUGUUCCACCGACCUUCUACUAUGAAGAGAAGAGCACUAAAAUAGAGAAUGUCGGAAGCUCUGAUGAAGAUGGUCCUAAACCCCUUCUGGCCGAGCCUCUAAACACCUUGGCAGUACCAGUUUAUCCACAGUUGCCUCAUCUAUCUGGGCAAAAUGAGAUGGGUGACAAUUGUGUAGAUGCACAGUAUAUUGCUAGUUCAAGCAAGGACUUGAAUCCUCUUGACAACGGGGAUUUCCAUGGUAGACCGUAUACAGAUACUGCUAACAGUGAAUAUGCCGAAGGGCUUUUCUUGGAAGCAUCAGAACUGUCGAACCCUCUGGAGCCACGUUCAGACCCUGCCGAUUUCAACUUCGAGGAUUUCCUUGAUUUAGAUGAGUUGGACUUUGAUCUAUCUGAUGUAUUGAGAAGUGACGAUUUCACUUCUGACCAGUCACCUGAAUCCGACAAGGUUUCAAAUGGGGUAGAUGAUGAUCUUCACUCUAGGAGCGAGAACCCGUUGAGCAUGCAUGGUGAUGCAUCGUCCUCGGAGCAGAUACCUGAUUCCACCGUGCAGAAACCGUAUAGCAUGAAAUCCGAAACCGAUAUGAACUACCCGUUCAUUAGCAAAGCGAGCCGGAUGUUGGGUAAUAUACACGCACCCCCUGCAAUGGCCGCAGAGUUCCCCGUCAAGGGAGCAGCUCUCCGCUACGCCUCAGCUCAACCUUCCAGCUCCUCGAUUCACGUCACUGCUGGUAUGAUCACAAUAGAGAACAUGACGCUGAGAGGCGACGCGAUGGAUGGGUCUGGUUUCGGGAAGAACAUGGGGGUCAAUGUCGUCUUGUCGUUCACUUGGCCGCAGGGAGCUGGUGGUUCGAGUUUGAAGACAGGAUCCAUGGCUUCUAGGGCCUGGAUGUGCCUGAUGUUCUUCUGGGUCCUGAUUCUUUCCGUGAGCUAUAAGAUUGGGAUCAGUAUCUGCGCGAAGUAAUAUCUAUCAUUAUAGACGUCUACACGGGGGUUAGCGUUUUGCUAUCAGACAGACAGGUAUAUUGUUAUUUGUAGGAGUGGGGAGGCGGGACUAACGAUCAGACUGAUUAAUUUCUUUCACGUUUCUGUGUGUUCGCCUCUGUUUUUUUUAUGAGAUUUGUGGAACACUUGAAUCUAUUAUAUCAUUAUAGACACUCUGCAUACUUUUUUCAAGCUACACAGCUUUACCAUGACAGAGAGCCGUUCUGAUUAGACUCAUCGCUGCUGUUGGUAUGGUUU